AUGUUUAUCCGAGAGGUAAAAUAUGGGCCGCGCUUGAGGCUAUCUAUAUGUCAUUUAAGUUCCGAAGAUGAUGCAUAUCCCGCGGCGUUUCUUCGUAGCCAAACAAAAUUUUCAUGUGGAUGGCAGUCAAGUAAAAAGUGUUCCUAUCCACAGGAACUUGGUUUCAGCUUUGAAGGACAAGUAUUUAUUAAUAGUGUUCGCUUACUAUUACAUGAAAGCAAAAUACCUUCUCUUGUGAAGGUAUGUAUAGCUGAUGCAACUGAAGCGGAAUUAAAGAACGGUGUGUGUGGUCCAUACGAGUCAGCUACGUUUAUUGAUCUUGGGCAAGUUCAUAUUAGCAGCAAUGAGGCCACCAAGCACAUGGCAAGGGAGCUCAAGGUAAUCGAUAUCCGACGCACAUGUACGUACUUGAAGCUUUUAUUUAUGCAGCCGUAUCUUAACGCAUACAAUUUAUUACAGAAAGUUGGACUCAUUGCUAUCACUGCGCAUGGCCAUGUAGUACAACACUUUAGCGAACAUCAGAAGGUCCAAGGCAAUUCAAGUUACAAACUCAUACCAGUUGGUGAAAUUUCUGAACUUCCCCUUGAAGAAAUGGCGCCUAUUUCGAUGGCAGAGUUUGGCAACAGUAGCUCCUCACUUUGCAGUGUUAGUGCAUCAAUUAAUUCACAACAACUUGAUGAGCUCAAGGCACUAAAGGCUCACGCGGUCGUAAAUGAAGAUUAUGACUUGGCAUCUGCUCUAAACACAAAACUAAAGGAAGAAUAUUCUGAUUUAUACAUGCAACACUUGAAACAAGAAAAAUCCAAGGCCGUUAAGUUAGAGGAUUAUCAACUUGCAAAGGAGCUUAAAACGAAAAUAGACGCAUUACAGCAUUUAAAUUCUCAGGCUUUGCCGCCUCCUCACCACAAUGUUCCUGAUAAUUACGGUGAUAAUUUUAAAAUUCAAUUUAGCAACCCUGGAAUCAAACAGGAUAAUGAUGGAGUUAAAUCUAAUGAUGGCAAAUCUAAUUCUAAUACUCCAGUCUUGGGACUGCAGCCCCUGAUGUCCUCUAAAGAAGUUGCUGCCGUUAAGGUCGUUUCUCAUGAUGACAUCGCUGUCGGGGGAAAGGGAUACUAUGAUUCACUAGAUAAGUGGGAUGAUGCAACCUGGCCUAUGGAUCCAACUAAGAACGGUGAUGACUGCGUGAACGCCAAUGAUGCAGUGGAAAAAGCUGGAAUACCCAUAGACGGCAAUGGUCAGUCGUGGGAAAAGACAUUUAAUAGAGUAAUUUCUAGUCUUUUGGUGGGCCAGCCAGCACCCACAUUUUUAUUAGGCGAAACAGCGGAAGAAGGGAAAAAGUACGAGGAUGAUUUGGGUGUUUAUGCAGUGGGAUGCCUUUUAUCACGUCGUGGUCAGUUACGUGAGUCUGCGCUGCGUGGGGUUUUGUCGGAGGAAGGCUAUAAUGCUCUUCAUUCUCAUACUAGCACUACAGUCGAAACGUUAUUAGCCUACAUGACGUCUAAGGGUCAUGGCAUGGAAGAUCCGUUUAGUGGAAUGUUCUUCAGAUCCUGUGAAUUUUUUCAAAAGUGGAUUGAUGGUGCGCUCAAAGAAUCACCACCCGUAUCACAGCUGAGCACGGUAGUGUCCAAAUUGUUGCAAGGGUUAGUUAUCCGUCUUGGCGACACAAAUAGUAAAAUACGCGAAACAGCUGAGAACGCUAUCAUAUCGUUUGCGCGGUUACCCUACGGGCCGGAAAAAAUCAUAUCAUUGCUGAUUCCCUCAAAUAAAGAAUCUAAAAAGAUGUCCAACUCUCGCACUUUCUUGUCACGCAUUAAAUUACUAUCUCGCUUUUUGGAUGACUACGGUAUUGAUUCAGAUUUGGAUCCACAUGCACUCGAUUCUCAAACCUUAGUAUCUCAUGUAGUUCUCCCUAGCUUGCAGAAUUCCAGUGGUGAUAUAAGAGAUGCGGGAAUACAAAUGUUCACCAAGCUCAUUAUCCUAGAUGGAGCUACAUGUAUACCUUAUUUUAAUACCAUCAAGCCAGCGCAGCAGGCACUACUUAAACAGCAUCUUAAGGCUAUGAAUAACCCCAUAGUCUUUGAUCAGCCUCGAAGUGUUCCAGAUAAUAAGUUCGACCCUAUUUCUACCAAAGUAAGUCCACCAACGUCGGAUGGGAGGAAAGGAGACAUAACACCGAAUAGGGUGGAUAAUAAAUCAUUGUUGCAAAGUCUCAAAGUGGAAACUUCCACAACAGAGACCGAGUUUGUCUUGACUCACACGUGCCAAUUUUGCGGAGUAUUCAAUCCUGAUUUCAGUGAAGAAAAGCUAGAUAUUCAUUACGUAUACUAUUGUCCUAUGUUGUGCCCAUGCCCACUUUGUGAUCAGGUGACGGAAAUAUGCACAUUACAGGAGCAUCUAGUAACUGAAUGUGAAGGGCGGCGCUUUGUACGUAAGUGUCCCCGGUGCCGUGAAGCUGUGCGUUCUGACGACUUCAAAAAUCAUCUAGCAACAAAGAGUUGUAUUGAGGCCCUUAGCACGCAUAGUGUGUGUCCUUUGUGUCACAAGCGGUUUCCAAAUAGCAUAAGCGAAUGGCGGAGACAUUUGGCGAGCACACCUGGAUGUCCUAACAACCCUCGGAAGUACGACUAA